CAGAAGAAAAAGCAAAGCGAUAAACAGGCUGAAACCGCAAACUGCGUUGAAGACAGGUAAAACUGAGAAUUUGUGGCGGGUAGCAUUAACUUUUAGACUGACAGUUUGUAGUUUUAUAAGACAUAGCUAAACACGAUUAGCUACUUUUGGAGGCGAGAAGAAAGGCAUACAAUGCCGAGGGAGCGCUUUUUCUCAUCUUCGACUCUCCUUGCUCGUCUUCCUCGUUUACCGACUGCGUGAGGACGGACUCAAACCAGAAACUACUGUAUCGACAAGUGUCAAUAACUGUAGCUAGCAAGCUAGCUAGCUAUAACCCGAACAAGUGCUAAUUUACAAUGGCGGAUAGCGUAGGAGAGGGUGUUAAUGGUGAAAUUGGGUUAGGUGUCGGUAGUCAGGGAAAUGGAGCUCCGUUGUUACCGAGUUUGGGUAAUUCUCUGCCGGGCCACUCAACGAGCGGAGCUAACCCGGCCUCACCACCUCCUGCAGCGGCGGCGGAGACUGGCCUAGCCGUCAUGGCCCCUGGAGCCACAACCACAUCAACCGUAGGGACUGGAAGCGGGUUUGGAGUUGCAGGUGUUCUUAGCACGGUAGUGGGCGCUGCCAUUCCAGUACCCCCCUACUCGGCCACCAAUGCUCUUCCAGGCGGUAUUGGUUUGGGGGUGACCGGAGCGGGCCUCCUGUCCCAGAUUCACGCAACGUCCUGGGACCCAACACUAAGUACCGACUGGGACAACGAGAAGACGUCCCAGCAAUGCAUUCUCCGAAUCAAAAGGGAUAUCAUGUCCAUCUAUAAGGAGCCUCCCCCGGGUAUGUUUGUGGUUCCUGACCCUCACGACAUGACUAAGAUUCAUGCCCUCAUCACAGGACCCUUCGACACGCCCUACGAGGGAGGCUUCUUCCUCUUUCUGUUCCGCUGCCCCCCGGACUACCCCAUCCACCCUCCACGGGUCAAGCUCAUCACCACCGGCCAAAACACUGUGCGCUUCAACCCCAACUUUUACCGUAACGGCAAAGUAUGCCUCAGCAUCCUCGGGACUUGGACAGGGCCAGCAUGGAGCCCGGCCCAAAGCAUCUCCUCAGUUCUGAUCUCCAUCCAGUCCCUGAUGACUGAGAACCCCUACCACAAUGAGCCAGGCUUUGAACAGGAGAGACACCCGGGGGACAGCAAGAACUACAAUGAGUGCAUCCGCCAUGAGACAAUGCGCGUGGCUGUCUGUGACAUGCUGGAUGGGAAGGUGCCCUGUCCAGAAGCCCUGUGGAGUGUGAUGGAGAAAUCAUUCCUGGAGUACUAUGACUUCUACGAGGGGGUCUGCAAAGAGAGACUACACCAACAGGGACAGAACAUGCAGGACCCUUUUGGGGAGAAGAGGGGUCGCUUCGACUACCAGGGCCUACUGGCACGCCUGAGUGCCACCCAGAGGCGCAUACGGGAGAAGUGCCCACCGGAGGACAACGAUGACCACUCAGACUCUGACACCAGCUCCUCAGGCACAGACCCAGAUAGCCAGGGCAGCUCCCAGCCUUAGCCACCAGAUGGCGCCACACUACCUUUUAUUUUUCUGUUUCCCACAUUCUGUUUUUGCAGGAUGCUUUUGGCGUAAGCGAGAUGUUGGGGAGGGGAAAGGCCUGAUUUUCAGGAAGCACUUAUGAUGCAAAGGCAUGGGAUAGCUAAUGUCUGUUUUGAUUGGUUGUUCUUUUUCCUUCCCCCCCCCUCCCCCAAUGACUGCCUUUUGAUGAUUAUUUUCAACUGAUGUAAGUAAACAAUGCUAGUGUACACUUAGUUGGUGUUGGGGGAGUUUGGCUUGUAGAAAUGGACAGUUUGUUUGAAAGCAAUUUGUCAUAGCCUCUGCCUUUUUGUUGUCUUUGUUUUCCACGCCCGACUGGAUUAGGAAGUAGAGGUGACAUCUGAGAUUGACCAUUCUCAAUAUUCACAGUCAGUACAACCACAUCAAUCCUCUUAAUCAGAUCACCAAACUUCUAUUCAUUCAUACAUCGGUACACAUACCUCAGACUAUCCACUUCUAAAGUCCCAUUGUCUCUUAUGAUGUUCUUUCCUUAAUCUGAACAGUACUUAAUAAAAUUAUGAACUGAGUCAUAAUUACAUUAUGAAUUCAUAAUGAAUUGCAUUAGUAAAAAUAAAAAAAACUCAGUUAAUGCCUAGUACAAAAUAUGUACAGUUGUGGUCAAAUAUAUUGGCACCUUUGCACUUUACAAUCGAUCAGAUUGUAAUGUUUAUUCUUUUCAAAACUGGUUGGAUGGCUAUUUCUUACCCUGUAGGCACCUGCAACUUAUGACAAAAUGUGAAUCACUUGCCUCCAUCCAAAUUAAUUAGGAUUUUCGAUAAUGUAGUCCAGGCCAUAUUUUGACUUGGAAAAAUCUAAAUUUCAGUUUUGAUCAGUUUUUUUGUUGAUCCUGUGCAGAUGUAAAUCAAACAAAUGCACGUGUGUACAUGUUUUUUUCUCCAACUUAUUUGAGAAGAAAUAGUGAAUCAUUCAAGGGUGCCAAUAUAUUUGUCCGCAACUGCAUAUAUAUAUAUAUGUAUAUAUGUAUAUAUAUAUGUAUAUGAUGCACAACAAGAGAUUUAAUUAUGGUCUAUGGGCAGUGUCUUCAAAUAAUUGUAUGUUGACUGAAUGCUAAAGCCUGCAUGGCAACACAGUUUUUUCUGCAUGAAAACGAUGCUCUCUGAAUCAAUGUUUGAUGUUCAUGAUUAUCAUUCAGCUAUGGUGGUGUGGAUUAAACCUUCAAGAUAUGUUUUUCUUCUAUGAUGCUAAAAUGCUGGUAGGGAGUAAUAGGGAUCCUAAUAUCUCCAUUCAGACUAAAUGGUCCAUGGACAUUUGGUUUGGUUUCACUAGAAAACACCUAGAAAGCCGGAUUUGUCAUUUGACCUGUCCCAUUUAACCAUUGCCAUGUUUUCCAUAGCAUUUUUCAUUGGGAGCAGUGGACUGGUGCCUCUUCAGGUCCAUAUAGCGGCAUCAGCCGGUACCAAACAGGCACAGAUCUGUGUUAGACCUCCAUGGUGUCACCUUUUCAGUCAUCUGAAAGCCACCACCAAGAUUUCAAACAAGCCACAGGAAAUGUUUUUUUUUUUUUUUUACAAAAAUACCUGACACCUGCUUCAAUGCAGUGUCAACUUUCUGUCAUUUAGUUUUUCUCUGGGAACUGAGUUUUUGCCUGCGAUGGGUUUCUGUAGAUUGGUUUGUAGAAUGAUUUUAUGUUGGUUUGGCGCUAAAAGUUCUAAAUUGGCUUACAUAAAUGGUGUCAGAAGUGCGUUCCACAGGUUGGCACAGUCUUAGGUACAGGUUCUAUAUAAACCUAACCUGGCAGUCAGACUGACAACACAAACUUCAAAUGGACAUCAAGUGAUCAAGGAGGAUUUAAAAAACGUACGAAAAACUGUAUGCCCCAUUAUAACCAGUGGUCUUGUCUGCUGUAAGAGGUAGAUGUAAUUUUUUUUCAUAUUGAUGUGGAGUUGUUAUUCCUGCUUUGACAGCCGUUAAGUCAGAUGCCCCUUCGAGACUUCUGCCCGAGGCACAAUUGUUUGUCUCUUGAAUCGUCCCUCUUCAAAGUGUCACAAAACAUCGUGCCUAUCAGCCAGAGCAGCUCACCAAGAACCUGUACUGAGGCCUCAGUAGAGGCUUUCCAUCUUUCUGGUUUUAUCAAACUGCUUAAAGGUAGAGGGGGCUAAACACCUCUACCAUGUCACUUGGUUUGUAAUCCUAUCUAGCAAGAUGUGACAUUUGGAGCAACGAAUAAUUCUACUCUUCUGUCUUUGGUCCUUAUUGCAUUUUGAAACUACCCACUCAGGAUACAGCAAAACCUCUUGCUUUGUAAUGGCCUGUCUGGACCACAAUCUACUGUCUAAUUAAGGAGGCAAGCUCCAGUGCAGAGUGGCACCCAAACAGGACCCGACCACACCCUUAUUUUCCUUCUCAUGGACAUGUUUUUCUAUUCCCUCCCAUCUGGGUGCAUUUCUGCUCAGUCGACAGGGACUGGGACUUCCUCUCACAGGAAAUAAUGUUGGAUUUAAUAGAUCUCAUGUUUGAGAUAAUACUGCUAACUUUGUUUGCAAAGUUUGAAGAAAAAUAAAAUAUUUAAAAUGUAUGAAUCUACUACAAAUGAAACUUUAAAGCAAAUAUCCUCCUGGCCAGCUGCAAAGGAGUAGGUAUGAGAUGACACUUCAUGCUCAAUAGUUUGAAGCCUUGUUUUGGUUUGGUGUGUAUAUUCAUGUAGCAUUCUGAUGUGAACCUUCUAGUGUGUCCCUUGUCUGAUGGUUUAUUUUGGGUUUGUGCCCCCAACCCAGAGUAUUAUCUGAAUCGCUUUUAUUAAGGCAUCUUCAAUCCAUAAUGGUAUGGAUUUGCAUUUAGGUGUUUUCAGGAAGUGAAGUAUGUAAAGCGUAGAAACUUCGAGAAUAAAUGUUGGCAAGGCCAUGGCAUAGUAAAAAAAAAUAUAUAUAUAUAUACACAAACAGGGAGAACUCAUCUGUCAGCCUUCUCAAUGAGAUGAGUAACAUUUGUAUUGAGUCCCAUUCAUAGUAUGUCCUGACCUUCAAUCUAUGUAAUUUUUCAUGCGAUGAGAAUGUGACCCCACCCCCCUCGGUGCACGUUUUGGUUUUUGCCCUAGCACUACACAGCUGAUUCAAAUAACCAACUCAUCAUCAAGCUUUGAUUAUUUGAAUCAGCUGUGUAGUGCUAAAUGUGCACCCAGGGAGGGGCCCCCAGGACCAAGUGCUCUACAGUACAUUCCCACAGGGGCUCUCAACACUAAUGGCCAUUCACUCUGUCUCAGUUAAUGGUAAGUGAAUGGUUUACAUGUUUCAAUUGACAGAAGAUGUGGGACCCAUUUUAGGCCUUGAUUCAACGUUCCAGGCCAAGGCAUUAGUCCCAAAACUUUGACUGCCAAGUUUAUGCAAGACUAUUUUCAUCUGACUUCAUUUCUGUUUUCAUUAUCUAUGUAAAAAAAAAAGACUAAUAAAAUAUAACAAUGGC